CCAGGGCCACCAAGUGGCUCGCACCGAGAGAUUGCCAUGCCGCAGUUCUUCAAGUUUCCAAAACUACCCAAGUUCCCCAAGCGGACAAAGCAUCGUCGUCGUGGUCGCUCAUCCAGCACUUCCUCCUCUUCCGCCUCUGUUUUCAUGUCCAUGUCCCAGAUGAACUAUGACGGCCUCCUCUCCAAGUUGACCGACGAGAAACUGAUGCUCUUCGAGGCCGCCGGCGAGGGCAGCAUUGUGGAGGGCAGCCGGAUGUGCCAGCAGGAUGCAGAUCCUCUUUCCCUGCCUUUGGUGGAGGACGGCGCCGUCGAGGAGGAGCAGGCGGCCCCCAUUCAGACGAUUCCCCGCACCGUAUUCGCCGUUCCGCGCGCCCCCUCCCCCUCGCCCGUGAGCACCUCAGGUGCGAAUCUGAACCUCAGGUCGGAAAACGCUGCGCCAGCGACACCGCAGCGCAAAAUAUCGACGUCAUCACGUUUCAUGAACGCCUUCAGUCAGCUUUACGGCGGCAGCGGCGGCAGCAGCAGCGUUCCCAGCUGCGGUCACGUGGAGCAGCAGCAGGGCGAGGAAACCGGUGACCUGCUGUCGGCCAACCGAACGCCCACCAAGACGCCCUCCAUGGAGUCCAAGCUGGUGGCCAUGUGGCACAAUGUGAAGUACGGCUGGAGCGGCAAGAUGCGCCAGACGAGCUUCUCCAAGGAGCAGCCCGUGUGGCUCCUAGGACGAUGCUAUCAUCGCCGCUUCACGCCGCCCGUCAGCAUGGAGAGUUCCAUCACCGAACUGCCCAGCGGAGCAGCGGAUGCAUCGCCCGACCACGCCACCUCGGCCUUCGACAGUAUACAGGCCACCUCCACAACAUCGACCUCGCUGUAUCCCACUCUGAAUCCCCAGCAGAUCGACGAGAUUGUGGUGCCCCAGGAGCUGGGCAUGGAUGCGGCGGAGAACCAGGUGGGCGAACAGCCCUGGGAGGAGGGCAUCGAGGGCUUUCGGCGCGACUUCUACAGCAGAAUCUGGAUGACCUACCGGCGGGAGUUCCCCAUCAUGAAUGGCUCUAACUACACCUCGGAUUGCGGCUGGGGUUGCAUGUUGAGAAGUGGCCAGAUGCUACUGGCCCAGGGACUCAUCUGCCACUUCCUGGGACGCAGUUGGCGCUAUGAUUCCGAGUCCCAGUUGCACUCCACCUACGAGGAUAACAUGCACAAGAAGAUCGUCAAAUGGUUUGGGGACAGCUCCUCGAAGAACAGCCCCUUCUCCAUUCACGCCUUGGUGCGGCUGGGUGAGGAUCUGGGCAAGAAGCCUGGCGACUGGUACGGCCCCGCCUCGGUUUCCUAUUUGCUAAAACACGCCUUGGAGCAUGCAGCUCAGGAGAAUGCAGACUUUGACAAUAUCAGCGUCUAUGUGGCCAAAGAUUGCACGAUUUACAUACAGGAUAUCGAGGAUCAGUGCAGCAUUCCCGAACCGGCGCCCAAACCCCAUGUGCCUUGGCAGCAAGCGAAGCGCCCGCAGGCGGAAACGCCCAAGUCGGAGCAGCAGCAGCACUGGAAGUCCCUCAUCGUGCUCAUCCCGCUGCGCCUGGGCAGCGACAAGCUGAAUCCCGUGUAUGCCCACUGCCUGAAGCUGCUGCUCAGUACGGAGCACUGCCUGGGCAUCAUUGGUGGCAAGCCCAAGCACUCGCUGUACUUUGUGGGCUUCCAGGAGGAUAGGCUUAUUCACCUGGAUCCGCACUAUUGCCAGGAAAUGGUGGAUGUCAAUCAGGAGAACUUUUCCCUGCACUCCUUCCACUGCAAGUCGCCGCGCAAGCUGAAGGCCAGCAAGAUGGAUCCCAGCUGCUGCAUCGGAUUUUACUGUGCCACCAAGAGCGAUUUCGACAGCUUCAUGGAGAGCGUGCAGUUGUACUUGCAUCCCAUGCGCUGUGCCUCCGGAGCAACGGUGGAUAAGGCAGCUGGAGGCCAUCAGGUGACGCCUCAAUCAAGUCAUCAACAGGCCGAACCAGUCGAGAUGAACUACCCACUGUUCUCUUUCUCGCGGGGACGCUGCUUGGAUCACGAGCGGGAUGAGAUGAGCGAUUCGCUGUACAAGCCGCUCAUCAAACAGGUGGCUGCUCUCGCCCAGGAACUGGGCAGCCAAUUGUCGCCGCCGCAGCCACAUGGCGACGACAAUGACCAAGAUGAUAGUGAGAGCGAGGAAUUCGUGCUGCUGUAGAUCGCCCACACCACUUGUUGCUGUGCUAGCUCUGUGUUAUUUGCUCAUUAUUAUUUGAUUUAGUUCCGAACCGCCGUUGCUCGCUUGCUCGCCCAGAAAAACCCAACAGUCGCGUAUCUCAAACACAAAGACUUUGUUAUACCUUUACGCCUACGCAUAUAGUACAUAGACGCAUGCCUGUAUCUUGAAUAUUUACUGAUAUCUACGCUAAUCUCUCUUUUGUUCGACCCGUGUAGUCUCGCAUUCUGCCAAAGUGUUUCAGCUUACUCCAUGUUCCAAUGCUCCACCAGCCCCGAUCUGUUUAUAUGUGUUAUACAUAUGAACUUGUGUAAUUUGCGGUAUUAUUAUUUUAAAAUCAUGAAUCUUUAAUGGAAUUGAAUCAUUUUACAAUGGUGCCACAAUUGUCACUAUUUUCUAAAGUAUUUCAUGUAGUCCUUACGUUCUAGGCUUUAGUUAAUUUAUGUAAGUCGUCGUCGUAAUUGUUCGAUCAUUAAUUAGUUUUAACAUUAAUUGUAUAUACCCUCGAGUAAAUUAAUAAAUAAAUAAAUUAUCCUAAAAA